AUGUCCCUCAACAUAAACAUCGAUGACCCCCGCCCAUACUACGCGGAAAACGACAUCAUCAGAGGACGAGUGAUUUUCGACUGCCCUCGGGAUUUUCAACAGAUCAAGGAUGUCAGACUAAUCUUCUCUGGUUGCUCAAAAGCCAAGGUCCAGAAAGUCAAGGGCCCGGCCGCACCGACAGGCAACUACCAGAGCAAAUGCAUCCUAUUCCAAAGGGAGAGAAUCCUCGUUCUUGCGGAAGAAUGCAGGAUACCGCCCUCAACUUAUGAAUGGCCGUUCGAGUUCCGGUUUCCUCCUCAUGUUGAAUCUCCAAAUGUCUGGCCUGAGGCAGGAUCAUUCCGUGUCGACGAGAACCAACCACUAUCCCCAUCAUUCCAUGCUGAAUGCCGCAAUUCCCUGCGAAAGUUAUCCGCGAGCAUCGAGUACCGGCUAAAAGUCCAGAUCUUCAAGCCCACGAAGGGCCUGUUCGAGAAAAAGUCGCCGGUAUUCGAGAAGGUGCUGCAUCUUGCGUUCGUCCCGACGGCUGCACGAGCACACACCCACGCUAUCGAACUGGAGAAGAAGCAAAGAAUUGACCGCACAUUUACGGUUCGCAGCCUUUCUUUGUUGCCAGAAAAUACGGACAGGUCUCUGCGCGUACAGGAGAAGUUGAAAGCCUGGCUCGCUCCCGGCCAGUUGCCUUACUUUUCCUUUGGCGUUGAGUUCCGCUACCCGUCUCACCUUGUUCAGGGCACGCCGAUUCGACUGUUGUUAGAAGUGAAUCCGCUAAUAGACAACUCUAACGCUCCUCGCAUUCCGGAAAUUGCCUUACAAGCGGCCUCCAUUACACUUGUUGGCAGGACGGCCGGUCGUGCGUCUCCAUUACUGAUGGGAUCUAUGUCAGGCGAGGUAGACGAAGAGACCACGCUACUAUCCAAAACAUCGUUACGGAUGGCUGUUUGUGGUCAGAUGGAUCUUUCCGAGCGAUUCGGUCAGAUAUCGUUGCCUACCACUGAUGCCACUUUUAGCACCUUUAAUCUGAGCCGGUCAUACCGGCUGAGAAUCUCGUUGGUGUUCGAAUGCGCAGGAAAGUUGUUGAAAUUCGAUGCAGAUCUGGAAGUAGGAGUACUCUCGAAUGCUAGAAUGACGGUGAAGAAGAAUGAUUUACCUAAGGGCUCAGCAGAUGGGGGCUCCAGUCAUUCUCGAGGAUAUGCGGCCUACAGUUCAGGCGAACAACCACCGCCGUAUUCGCCUUCAUCAGGUGUUUCCGAGCUCCGCUCGGACGGAAAAUCUAGUACGUAG